AUGGUGACCGGGAGAUAUAUCACCGAUUUAUCUCGAGAACUCCUAGUAGAGAAAGAGGCAGCGUCGAAAACGUUGAAUCCGGCGCUCAUGCUCAAGCCGUUCACAUGGCAGGCGUGGCUCGCAUUUCUCGCCCUCACGACGUUUCACUCGCUGUGCUACUACUAUCUCGAGUUCGAUCACUUCAAGGAAGAGAUUCCUAGUGUUUUGGAGGGUGUACUCACGUCAUGGUGGCUCUCUUGGGAGCGCUUCACUUCAGGUUUAGAUGCCGAGCCGCGCUCGCCGCACGCAAAGGCGCUGCAAGUCAUCUGGGGGAUGUGUACCUUGUGCUUUACCGCCCUAUACACGGCCUCGCUCGCGGCGCUCAUCAUCGAGGUCUCUGUGAGUAAUUCGGCUAUCAAUAGCAUGAGCGAUCUUCAGAUGGUUGGAGGUAGAGUCGCGAUCUUCACGGGCGAUCCGCUCAAGACGCAGCUUCAGACUUCAUAUCCGUGGCUGACCAUGGUCGAGGUCCCUCUCGCAACUAUCCGAGCCACGACAAACAUAAAAUCCUUCCUCACUCAAAAUGGUGUCCAGGCGAUGCUCAUUCCGCACGUGUAUGCGUACGAGCUUGAACAGGCGCAGUCGGAUUGCGGUAUGACAAUAGUCGCAAAUGCACUCAAAGCUGGGGGCGGGUUUGCCACACACUACUCAGAGUGUGCCGAAAACCUUCACUGGGUCAUAGACACAACCUUGAUGGAGAUGGAAUUCGACGGGAAAAUGGAUCAAAUCACCCUGAGUUACACCCCAAUGAUGUGCCAGAACCAAGUCACCGCGUCCGAGGUGUCUUAUACGCUCGACAUUAACCAAACCUACGGUAUCAUCGCUGCAGGAGGAGUGUUGAUGCUCUUGGUUCUCACGCUCUCCGCUGGUCAUAAAAAACACGAAAAUCACAGACGGAGGAAGAGGGAGAUCCAACAUCGCCAGCAUCUCGAGGCAGUUCUUUCCGAGAUGGCUCCAGAAGAAGGCGAGAAUAAGAACGACUCCGGGAAAGACGCGGAAUCAAAAGAUAAUAACGCCUUGAGAAAUCGUCUUCAACAGGCGCGGGCAUCUUUUAGAAAAGGUACCUUUGGAAAGAGUCGAAAAGGAGGUGAUGUUAUGUUCUAA